AUGAUGAGCAUUACCAUGAAUAAACCUUAUCCUACUUCAACAAGCGCAACCAGAAGAAGAACACACCUCAAACCAAGUCAAGUUGCUGUAUUACAAGAGACAUUUGUUACAAAUACGCUGCCUGACGCUGCUGUUCGAUCUCAAUUAGCUCAUGAGUUGGAUGUCAGUGAACGUACUGUUCAAAUAUGGUUCCAAAAUCGACGAGCAAAGGCUCGCAAAUUGGAAGCAAGUAGUGGUGGUUCCAUGUCUUCACUUGUGCCCAAUGUUCGCACUGGUUGGAUUGAACUACCAAAGCCAAUUCAGCAACAACAACAACAACAACAACAACAACAACAACAGCACCACCAUCAUCAUGACCGUCAUCCACGUCAAUCCGAACAUCCAUCAUCAGAUCAACCCAACCCCUUCCGCUCUUUCAUGACAACUGACACUUUUGAAAAUGAGCCAACCAUCAAACGUAGACCAAGAUCAUGUUCCAAGCCUGAAAAGACGACCACUUUUUUACUAUCAACGCCACCUCAAAGAGCCAUGUCGGAAGGCAUGGGCCGAGUUGAAACAAAUCAAGAUGCUAAACCAAUCGUUUCAUUUCCUGUUCAGGGCAUCCGCAUUGGUACCUGGGCAAGAUUUGCAAGACAAAUUAGCAGCAAGGAAUGGGAUCUAUUCUGCUUUAGUGAUCCUUCUGUACGCCAGUUGAUCUGGCAAGUUCAAGACGGUGGCCAUCAAUUCAGAAUCGAGGUUGAUUUCGAGAAUAUCCAUCAAAUCAGAUUGGGUCAAAUCCAAAAUGACAUUGGCCAACUUGAUAUCGAGAUUGAGCCUAAAUCCAUCAUUUCAUUCUCUAUGCGUAGAAAUAGCAUUGAUCAAGAUUGGGUGCGUUGCAAUGAUUUCACUGAAAACCAACAGGCAAGCAGCUUUGAAGCCGGCUCUCAUGCUCUCCAGGGUUCCCAUGAUAAUCUCCGACAAUCUCUUUUGGAACUGAUCUCUCAAGCUCCUGACCUGGCUGCCAAGCUUGUCAUCGUUCCAGACAACAACUAUCUUUGUCGCGACUUGACAAUAUCCCCGUCAGCUACGCCUGAACCAUCCUUCAGCAACAUGAAUUCAGUUGCUGCUGCUACUGCGGCUGCGGCUGCUGCUGCAUCGUGGUUGGUUGAUCCUGCCAAGAUCUCUUGGAACCCCUAUCCCCAACAACAGCAGUAUGAGCAACAACAACAACAACAACAACAACAAUAUCAACAGCAAUAUCAGCAGCAACCGUCAUCUUAUGAUGCAUCCUUCUCGUGGCCACAUUGGAACAUGCUCCAGCAACAACAGCAAGAUCCAGACCACGCACAGCAUCACUUGCUGGCCAGUCAGCAACAUGAUCCCAGUAGUGUUGAUAUAAACAAUUUCUUGUAA